AUGCACGACGAUUCAUCUGCACGUGAUGGAUUUAAUCAGCCUAAGGAUGAUAUUUUAGCUAAGGCACUAGAUCAUAUGGACGGAUCUGACGAGGUUCGCAACCCGCAGGCGUGCGACGUAAACGAUGGGCCUGAUUUUUUCUACCAAUUCAGGACGAUAUCACCACCACAACCUUAUCCAACUUACACCGAUCAUCCAGUGCCAUCACACAAACGAUCUCAUUCAACCUUCGCCUACCAUCCGACGCCAGUACGUGAUGUUAAGCGACGUCUAUUUUAA